AUGCCAAGAGAAAUCCAGGAUGUUGUUCCAGAUCUGGUGAUUGGAGCCAAAGGAAAUAUUGACAAGAAGAUUAGAGAGAAAGACAAUAUCUUGAAGAAGGAGGAGAAGAAAGACGAGAAGAAAACAGAAAAGAAGGAAGAAGAUGAAGUGAAGAAGGAGGAGAAGGCUACAGCAGGCGAAGAAGCCAAAAGCGGAGUGGAAGAACCGGCCGAAAACAGCACAGACAGUAAAGCAGCGAAAAAAGUGACAUUUGCAGAAGGAACGAUGGCAGGAGACGAGGAAACAGAAGAGCAGAAGAGGAAAAGGGAGUUCGAGGAGGGAGGAGGGUUGCCCGAGCAGCCGGAGAACCCAGAUAUCAGCAAGUUGACGCCCCUUUCAGCCGAGAUUAUCAACAGGCAAGCUACCAUUAACAUCGGAACAAUUGGACAUGUUGCACACGGAAAAUCGACGGUGGUGAAAGCCAUCUCGGGAGUUCAGACGGUGCGGUUCAAGAACGAGUUGGAGAGAAACAUCACGAUCAAGCUUGGAUAUGCAAACGCGAAAAUCUACAAGUGCGACAACCCGGAGUGCCCAGAACCAGAAUGCUACCACUCUUUCAAGUCGGACAAGGAAAUACACCCAAAGUGCCUCCGGGAGGGAUGCACGGGCCGGUACCAGUUGGUGCGCCACGUGUCCUUUGUUGACUGUCCUGGUCACGAUAUUUUGAUGAGCACUAUGCUUUCAGGAGCAGCAGUUAUGGAUGCCGCCUUGUUGCUUAUUGCAGGAAACGAGCCUUGCCCUCAGCCGCAGACAUCGGAGCACUUGGCGGCAAUCGAGAUCAUGAAGUUGAAGCACGUGAUCAUCCUCCAGAACAAGGUCGAUUUGAUGAAGAGAGAGGCCGCACUAGAGCACGAGAAGUCGAUUCUCAAGUUUAUCAAGGGUACGGUUGCAGAUGGUGCGCCAAUCAUCCCCAUCAGUGCCCAGUUGAAGUACAACAUCGAUGCCGUGGACAUGUGCAUGGUGAAGUCGAUCCCGGUGCCUGUCAGGGACUUCACUGCCAAGCCAAGACUGAUGGUUAUCCGUUCGUUCGAUGUGAAUAAGCCCGGUUCCGAGAUCAACGACUUGAAGGGAGGUGUUGCCGGAGGCUCUAUUUUGACCGGUGUGUUCAGAAUCGGCGACGAGAUCGAGAUCAGACCCGGAAUCGUCACCAAAGAUGACUCUGGAAAGAUCCAGUGCCGUCCAAUCUUCUCCCACAUCGUCUCUCUCUUUGCCGAGCACAACGACUUGAAGUUUGCCGUUCCCGGUGGGCUUAUUGGUGUGGGAACCAAGGUUGAUCCCACGCUUUGCAGGGCUGACAGGCUUGUGGGCCAGGUUGUGGGAGCAAGAGGCUCUCUUCCAUCCAUUUUCACAGACAUCGAGAUCAACUACUUCCUUUUGAGACGUCUCUUGGGUGUGAAAACGGACGGCCAGAAGCAGGUCAAGGUCAGAAAGUUGGAAGUUGACGAUGUCCUCAUGGUCAACAUCGGCUCUACUGCAACCGGUGCACGGGUGGUCGCUGUCAAGGCCGAUAUGGCUCGUUUAACACUCACAUCUCCUGCCUGUACCGAGAUCAACGAGAAGAUCGCUCUGUCCAGAAGAAUCGACAAGCACUUCCGUUUGAUUGGAUGGGCCACCAUCAAGAAGGGAACCACAAUCGAGCCUGUUCAGUGA